UCCUCAGUGGCGUCGGGUGAACAUUUGUUCCCGCUAAAAGAGUCGCAGGAAUUUGUCUUUUUCUCGUCGAAAUCAUCACGUAACGAAGAAAUGGAUGCAGACGGAGACGGGGCCGAGGAGGGCCUUGGGGCAGCUGCCGGGGCUUGGACGACGGCCACCUACCAGACUCAGGGGCUUAGCAACGUUGUGCAUAUUAUUGUACCAGACCUUACCUGCAUACCUCAAGGUCAGCCGAAUGAUGCCCUGGCCACUGCAUUCAGUGAGGUUGCAAACAGUGGGGGUUUGGUUGGCCAUGAGGACCCAGGGUCAGCACAAGGUGUUAAGGAUUCCCUCGCUGCCCUUGCAGCUGCAGCAGAACUUGACCAAGUGCGGAACGAUGUUGCUGCAGUGGAACACAUGAUGGAGGAGACAAAAUACAGCCAUCUUGGCAACAGUGGGGAGCAACAAGGUGUUGCUGUAAUGCCAGAAGAUGCAGAUGGAUUGCAUCAUAGUGUGGUUGUGAACCUUCCUAUUGAGCAGGAAAAGACAGUCACCAUGGUACCACUACCCCUAGCCCCAUUUCUUCAGCCCGAGGAUCCAGAUGCCACCUUUUAUAAUGAAGUCUAUCACUACCUUAGAUCAGGGUCCUUUCCCGAAGGUGCGACCGACACAUAUAAAAAAGCAAUCAGGAAAAGAGCUACAAAUUAUUUGAUAAAUGAGGAAGGAACAUUAUCUUAUGGACAUAAGAUGCCCAAAGAAGUCAUCACAAGUGCAGAAAAACAGAGGAGCAUAAUUGAAUUAGAACAUGUCGACCAUACAACAGGUGUACAUUUUGGAGUGAAGAAGAUGUACAGUAGUAUUUUUAGUAAGUACUAUUGGCGCACCAUCUAUGUUGAUGUUGGCAACUACUGUAGGCGAUGUGAAAAGUGCACAGAGGUUGCUGUGUCCAGUUUUCGUGAUCUUGUCCCGGGAGAACAAGGAGAAGAUUCAUUAGGGGAUGAAAUAAACCGUGUCACAACACUGCCUACUGAUCGCAUUAUCCGUGUUUGGAAAAAGGUCCAGAUUAAAAUUCAUGGCCCAUAUAACAGAACAGUAUAUGGGAAUGAAAUGCUGCUGACAAUUAUCGAUCCCUUCUCAAAGUGGAUUGUGGCUCAGGCUAGUACUGAGGUUGGGCUUGAAGUUCAUUGUGCCAGAUUUAUCUUUGAUACCUUCUGUCAGUAUGGCUUUGCACAAUGCCAUGUUGUUGGAAUGACUUCAGAAAUGUUUGAAAGGAUGCAAGCAUGUUACAAAGAAAAGUUUGAUAGUGCUCAAGAUGUCUUAAGAACCCUGGUCCCCUUUGAUUCAGAAGAUGCCCAACAAAGUUUCCUCUUCACUCUGCAGGAAGAGUCACAUGAAUGUGCUUGGGCAGGUGAAAUGUUGGACCAUUUUUGCAAUGAGAACCCAACAACGUGGGAUCAGGAAGUGAACAGAUACCUCUUCCAGUUCCGAACUACAGCAACUUCACUUGGCGGAGUCACACCUUUUAAUGUCAUGUUUGCUCGUAACCCAACAGGGUAUGUUAGUGAGGAAGAGAAGGAAAACAUCAAUAUUCUGGAAGAAGAGAAAGCACUUGAAGUUCCAGCCAAAAGAAGAAGGCUGCAGAGUUCGACGCUUCAGACGUACAGAAAGACGCAUAGACAAGCAAGCGUAAAAUCCGGCAGUUCGCGCCUCAGGAGAUGCUUUCCCUCGCCAAGCACAAGGCAGACGGAUGUCACGUUUUCUCCGGCUCCGACCAACAAAAACGGUGGGCGUUCAACUGAGCGGCGGCGGCGAGUUAUCGCGGCGCCUCGGAACUUCCGCCGUCGCUUUUUGAGCGCUCGCCCUCGACUGCGCCCGGGGCUCCACGGCGGCCACUCGUCCAAGUCUACGUCCUCUACCUACGCCUACGUCUACGUCUACGCCUACGUGUACGACCGUCUACGUCUACGUCUACUCUACGCCUACGUCUACGCCUACGUCUACGCCAACAUCACCCUCUCUCCCGCUCUUGCCUCAUCAACAUCGGCAUCUCUUUCGGGCAUUUCUCGUUUCAUCCGGAACCUCUCCGAUCUCCUCGCCGAAAACAACAGAAGCCUCGUGUCCUCUUGGGUCAAACGCGACCACCAAGGCUCUCACUCAGAUGAGCCUUAG